GUCUUCAGUGGACAGAGAGGUUCCACCGGACACUUCUACAUUAAACUGGUUUCUUCCUGCGGCUUUUGUUAGACUAAAGUGUUGCUUCAUUAAUAAAAGUGUGUGUGUGUGUGUGUGUGUGUGUGUGACAUCACCAAAGGACCUUCAGGAUGUGGAGAUGGAGACCUGUGUGACCUCUGGUGAGGGGACAUCAAGCUUUUUGGGACGCAUCAUCAUUGUGAAUGAAGAGAAUGGUGGAUUCCAGACUCUUAAAGAAGAACCUAAGGAUGAAUAUUACCUCUGUGGAGAAACAUCCGACUCUGCAGAGCAGCAGAAUGAGGAAUUCCAGAUUAAACUUAUAAAAGAGGAAGAAGUUGAAGCUGAAGAUGAAGACUUCCUCUACUGUGAGAUUUGCAGAUCUUUCUUCAUCAACAAGUGCGAGCUUCACGGUCCACCGCUCUUCAUCCCCGAUACUCCUGUUCUUAUCGGGGUCUGGGACCGAGCCAGACAAACUCUUCCGACGUUUCUGGAAAUUCGGAAGUCUGACAUUCCAGACGCAGGCCUGGGAGUGUUUAAUACAGGGGGCACGGUUCCAGUAGGUGUGCACUUUGGGCCGUAUGAGGGAGAGCUGGUGGACCGAGAGGAAGCCAUGAACAGCGGCUACUCCUGGGUGAUCUCCAGCAGGACACAGCGUGAGCAAUACAUUGACGCCAAGCGAGAGAUACACUCGAACUGGAUGAGGUAUGUGAAUUGUGCUCGUAAUGAUGAAGAACAGAAUUUAGUGGCUUUUCAGUACCGAGGGGGAAUUUUCUACCGUUGCUCUCGACCCAUUGAACCAGGACAGGAGCUGUUACUGUGGUAUGAAGAGGAAUACGCCAAAGAUCUCAGCAUCGCAUUUCACUACCUCUGGAAGAAAAAGUGCUUUGCAAAUGGAAUGAACAGCACACAAGUGUUCUCCUGCUCUUUGUGUCCAGCGUCCUAUACUUCUCAAGUUUACUUUCACAAACACGUCAGAAGAUGCCACUAUGAGGAGUAUUUGAGACUGCUGAAUUCAGGAGAGAUUAAAUUUGAGACCCUGAUGCCCACACGGCAUUCCAGCGGUCAGCAGACACCCUCCGGAUCUCUGGGGACUAACAGCUCUCCUGAAGAAAAGCAGCAAGAUCUCCAUCACUGCUCGGAAUGUGGGAAAAGUUUUCCUCAGCUGAGUAUUCUCCAGUUACACCAGUGCAUUCCCACAGGGAAGAAACUGCAUCAGUGUUCAUCGUGUGGAAAGAGUUUCAGUAACAAAGGAACUCUCAUACGACACGAGCGCAUUCACACCGGCGAGAAACCCUUCCACUGUGCACAGUGCGGGAGGAGUUUUACUCAGAAAAGUCACCUCCAAACACACGAGCGCAUUCACACCGGAGAGAAACCGUUCCAGUGCUCACACUGUGGGAAAAGCUUUAAUCACCAGAGUCACCUCCAGCAACACCAGCGCAUCCACACCGGAGAGCGGCCGUACCGGUGCGCGCAGUGCGGCCGGGGCUUUACUCACCUCGGUCACCUCCAACAACACCAGCGCACUCACACAGGAGAAAAACCCUUUCAGUGCUCAGAGUGUGGGAAAAGUUUUAAUCACCAGAAUAAUCUCCAAACUCACCAGCGCAUUCACACAGGCGAGAAACCGUAUCACUGCACGCUGUGUGGGAAAAGCUUCAUUCACCAGAGCCACCUCCAGUUCCACCAGCACAUCCACACAGGAGAGAAGCCCUUCCAGUGCUCGGUGUGUGGGAAAUGCUUCAACCGAGCGAGCCAUCUUCAACAACACCAGCGCACUCACACGGGCGAGAAACCGUAUCAGUGCUCCGUGUGCGGGAAACGUUUUACACGAAACACUCAUCUGCAAAAACACCAGCGCAAACACACAUCAGAGACGGUGUACUGAUGCAGUCACACUUAUAAAAAAAAAAAACCCAAAACACACGCAUGUAAAUAUGUUGAAUCCAUAAAGAUGAAUUUAUCAUCAGUGUUUUUCAGAUGAAUGUGAUUAAUGAUGUGAAGCAUGUUUGUGCUGUGUAACUGUACAGCUAGCAUCCUGUUGAUCGACAAAUCACUUCCGAUCAUAUGGCCUUAUUUAAUGUCUGUUCUACGUUUUAGAGGACAACGGCACUCGAUUCUGCCUACGUGAGAAACGUGUAGGUGCACUAGUCAUAAACAAUCCGAGUGAACUCAACCGUGUACCAAGUAACAAACAUGGAACCAUGUAAAAAAAACCACAAUAAUAAAACUCUCUAGAAGUGACCAGUCUCCACAGAGGGACACAGUACUUCUUGGUUAGAAUACAAAUCUGCAGUCACAACAGCACUUAUUUUGUGGAUAAAAGUGUACAGUGAAUAACAGCAUGUCCUCAAAUCUCAGUCAGGGUGAUGGUGGAGGAAAAAUAGCUGCAAAGUUCUUUAGAUAUCUUUGCGCUCUGAGCUUCAGUUGGGUUUCCAGAAGCGUCAGAGUACAGAGCUAGAAGAAAUGUUCAUUAAGCUUCUCUUUAACUCAGACUGGUGCUCACCAUUAAUAUGCUUUAAUUCAAACUAAUGUUUAAACGUCAUUCUUCUAUAAAUAAAACAUCCAUAAAUGCUAUUGAACAGUUUAAACCAUUAUGAAGGGAAACAGUUGAUAAACACCUCCUACAGCCUGCAAAACCAAAAAAAAAAAGGAAAACGGGCAACAUGCUGAGGACUGAGCUCAUAGCAAAGAAAGGUGCGAACAAUCAGUUCACAGAGGAUUGAAGAAGUACAGGUCUGAAAAGUCUGAUGACGUUGACAUGAAUCGAUAAUUCUGCAUUACAUUCUGACCGGUAAUUACGGCACUUGACCUCGACGGGUUUGGACGACAGUGGGGGACAAAUGAGGCCCGUGCGUUUGUUAUUUCAACACCAAGCCCUGCAGCUAUGAGUGAUGUAUAUUUUCUUUCUCAGACAGCGAACUGUAUAGCCUGUGUUUUUAAAUGUAACAACUAAAGCGAACACUUGUAUAUAUCCAAAGAAUAACACAUUUACCAGUAAGACCUUUUCAAAUUCACAUUUUGGUCACAAUUUACACUGUUGUGGGGAAAAAGGUUCAGUUCAUCAAGUGCAAAAAAAGUAACAGCAUCAUCUACAGCAAUCAGUAUUUUUCUUUAUACACUGUACUGCCAAAAGUUUUGGGACACCCCUCCAAAUCAUUGAGUUUUUCAGGGGUUGGGCUCGGCCCCUUAGUUCCAGUGAAAGGAACGCUUAAUGCUUCAGCUUCAUACCAAGACAUUUUGGACAGUUUCUAAUUCAUCCCAAAGGUGUUCUAUGGGGUUGAGGUCAGUCAAGUUCCUCCACACCAAACUCACUCAUCCAUGUCUUUAUGGACCUUGCUUUGGUCACUGGUGUGCAGUCAUGUUGGAACAGGAAGGGGUCAUCCCCAAACUGUUCCCACAAAGAGCAUGAAAUUGUCCAAAAUGUCUUGGUAUGAAGCUGAAGCAUUAAGAGUUCCUUUCACUGGAACUAAGGGGCCGAGUCCAACCCCUGAAAAACAACACCUGAAUGAUUGUAAAAUAAAAACAACAAAAAAUUGAAAAAGUUCUCUAGAAAAGUCCACAUUACUCAGCUCUACCUCUGAUGGACAUGAGGUCAGUUUUUUACACGACUCAUGAUCUCUUCAGUGGAAAGAGCGGUCAGUUCAGACAGACUGAUCAUCGGUGCAUUGGGACACUGCAGGUUCUCAAGUUUCCUCUGGACUGUGAAGCUGCAUUGUGAAGCACUACAUGGAAAAAUGGAAAAUCAGA